AUGAUCAGAGAAAAGAGAGGUUGCAAGGAGGAUUUAAAUGGAUGUGAUUCUUCAAAAACUCUCAGAAGAAAAGAAGAGAGUGUUUUGAAUGGAAGACUGCACCAUGAAAUAGUACAAGAUAAGAUAGGAGGGAUCACCAAGACCAACUUCUUCAGGAGAAUGGUUUUAUCCAUAGUUAUGAUUUCAGGUUUUUUCUGGAUUUGUAUGAACAAUAAGAUAUACUCCUAUGCCUUGGUGAUCUUUCUAACAGUAUCCAUCAUAAAAGAAAUAAUAGGAAUCACAAGAAAAUCGGAUGGAAAGCCUUUCCACUUAAGAGUUUCAAUCAUUCUUGGGUUUGCUGUGCCUAUAUAUUUGUAUCUGGUCUUUCCUUCCAUAAUGAUGAUGUAUUUUUCUGAGGUCCUGAGAUACUUCUUCCGAAGAUUAUCCUCCAUAUGCUUCUAUAGCUAUGUGGCUGCGUUUAUGUGUUUUGUUGGUUCUCUUAGAAAGGGAAAGCUAAGGCUGCAGCUGGGAUUGUUCGCUCUAGUUAACUUAUCUACAUAUUCUAUGGCGAUGGUGGCUAAGUGUGCCAUCUUCAAUCUUAACAAGGGAAGAUUUUGGUUUGUGUUUCCUGCUUUGCUUGUAAUAUCCAACGACAUCUCGGCGUAUGCUGUAGGAAAGAGCAUUGGAAAGAGACCUCUGUACCGUCUGAGUCCAAAGAAAACACUUGAGGGAUUUAUAGGAGCAUUCAUUUUCACAACAGUUGUGGGAUUUAUAUUGGGAUACCUGCAUGUGAAUCGAGGGUUUCUAAGAGAUGAGGAGCCCAUCAAACUCCGGAAGUCGAUGAAGUUCAAAGUGUUCAGCGCAGUCUUCAAGAUACAGAGCAUAUACUUCCACAUCAUUCCAUUUAUUCUUGUGGCAUCUUUUGUAGCGCCCUUCAGCGGCUUUCUUGCAAGUGCGUUGAAAAGGGCCUAUAAGAAAAAAGACUUUGGAGAAGCCAUUUCCGGGCAUGGAGGAAUAGCAGAUAGGAUGGACUGCCAGGUAAUAAUUGCAAUUUUCACGUCCACAUACAUAAGCUCAUUCAUUUAUACGGAAGAUAAGUCCGUUGGAUCUAUUUUUAGCUUUAUAUGUAAAAACUUCAGUCCGGAAGAGAUAAUGAUUCUCAUCGAAAUGCUAAAUCGAAGAAUAUCAAGUAUAAAAAAUAAAUGA